AUGAUGAAUGUCCCAAUGAUGAGUAUCUCAGAAAUUGAGCAGCUCAAUGCGGAAGAGAUUGCAAGAAAUCAUAUUAAAGAUGGAAAAAGCAUGAACUCCUUCUUCUUGUAUAGACGAGAAUAUACAAAGCGAGAAAUAGGAAAGGGUCAAAAGGUUAGAAUGAUAGAUAUAUCUAAGCACGCUGCUAAGGCGUGGAAAAAUGAGAAGCCAAAAUAUAAGAGAGCCUACGCAAAAGUUUCAAAAAAAGUAGAUGAACUCUUACAAAGGAAAAGACAAAAAAAUCAAAAAUACCAAAUAAUAUACGAUGAUUUCAUGACCAAGAUUCAGCCUAUUUCACAUUAUGAAUCAGUAUCUAUCCCCGAAGAAGGCUUUUUUUUACCUCCGCCGCCGGCUUUAGAUCAUCCAUCACCUUCGCAAGAUGAAAUAAUUUAUUCCUUGAAUGUAGAUGACAUCACUCUCUUUUAUUUAACCCCGAUGUUUCCGUUACCGUCAAAUUAUUUCUCUCCUCUUUAA